UAGUGGCAGCGGCAUGCGCUCACCACUUGCGCGAACCAUUUGUGCGCUCUUGUACGCAGUGAGCCUUUGCAAGUGCUUCUUCCCCAUCAACGGAGGGGAACCCAUAGGAUCCCACAGACAAGGUGGACACCCAAGUGAAGGAGAAAAGAAAAUGAGAAGUGUUCUGAGGAAGGGAAGCAUUACACAUCUGUGUAACAAAAUAAGGUGUGUAAAUUAUGUGCAAUGGUAUGAAGGUAGAAGGAGAAUAAGUAGUGCCACCUGGAAUAGUGGGAAAAGGAGUCCAGUGAGUAGCCGCCUCUUCGGCUCGUUUGAAACAAAAAUACCAGGUAGUCAAGCAGAUCUCGUAGUCGACGGUAUAGCAGUCAGCAUUUCUGAUAAUACAAAUAUAUUCAAGGAAGAGACCAGUAGCACCCCGAUAGUGUUAAUUCACGGGUGCUAUGGAAGCAAAAAUAACUUUCGUGUUUUUAGCAAAAGCUUAAAAAGCAGUAAAAUUGUAACCCUCGAUUUACGGAACCAUGGGAACUCAAAACAUACAGAUAGUAUGAAAUAUGAAGAAAUGGAAAGUGACAUAAAAAAAGUUUUGGAUGAGCUUCACAUUAGGAAAUGCUGUCUAGUUGGUUUUAGUUUAGGUGGGAAGGUGUCCAUGUAUUGUGCUCUAAAAAAUCAGUCUCUUUUUUCUCACCUAGUGGUGAUGGAUAUUCUUCCUUUUGAUUAUAAUGAGAAGAAAUGCCAUGUGAAGCUUCCGUACAAUAUUAGCUACAUGACGAAGAUUCUUUUUAACAUUAAGACGAAGAUGCGGCCGAGGAGCAAGGCCGACUUCCCACUAAAUCACCAAGAGCGCAAGUAUCACAACCCCUGCAGUUUCAUCAUUGGCAAGAAGUCAGACCUAGUCUAUACCAUGCCGCAGUACCAAACCAUUAUAAAGAAUUACUUUCCCUCCAGCGAGAAUUUUAUUUUGCCUGAUGCGACUCAUACUGUUUAUAUUGACAAUGCAAAGGAGUGUGCUGAUAUUGUUAAUAGGACAUUGCGCUUGUG